AUGGAGUUUGACGAUGUGGUUGUGAAAGAAAAUCCCGGUCUGUGCCGCUGCUGCCUUUCCGAAGGAUGUUAUAAGGAGCUUGGUUCGGAAUAUAUUUGGAUGGGCGAAAACGAAGUUUAUGCGGAUAUGUUAUUAGAAUGUUUUGAUAUAAGCAUAUCACAACAUACCGAAGGUCCCAAUGGCACCAACAGACUCAUUUGUGAGGUUUGCAUCACUCGCCUUAGGGACGCGUGCAAUUUCAAAAAGCAAGUGUUGGAAUGUGAAAAGAAGUUUGUGGAUAUGAUAGGUAGAGGGGAUUUCAAACAAAAGGCAAUUACAGUUACAGUUGACGCAGAGCUAAAUUUCAAAGCUGAAAACACCGAAGGUCCAGCACAAACAGCAGAAUAUGACUUUUCGGAUCCACCAAUGGAUUUUGAUAAUGAUGAGACGACCGAAGACAUAACAGCUGAACCGUUGCCAGUUAAAUGCAAACGUGGUAGACAGAAGAAGGCGACCAAAACUGUCACAAAACCAAUUAAGAAAGUAAAAGAGGAGAAACCAAAGACAUCUAAAUCAAUCAAAGGUCCAAAAAGCACGGACAUUGCAAGGCCGGCACAAUUAUCCUCAACGAAACGAAACAGACUCAUGAAAAGGAACGCGAUAAGCAUCCUAGAAAUGUCCACGGCUUUUCCAUUCAAAUGGCACAGACAUAGCUAUCUGUGUUUCUUCUGCCACAGGCCAUACAAAGAUUUUGACCAACUCAAAGAACAUACUAGAGUCGAUCACGAAAAAUCGAGUAUAAAAUCGGCCGUCGGUUUCCUUAAAGGGGAUGAAAAAGUCAAGAUAGACGUUUCGGAACUAGCAUGCCGCGUUUGUAACAAGCAUUUACAUGGUACAGAAGACUUAGUAGAUCACAGCAAAACUGUCCACGGUAUAGUCUUUAACGAUGACCAUGGCCUGGGGGUGGUUCCGUACAACAUCGGGCGUGUUUACCAGUGCCCUGUGUGCCAGGAGAAAUUUGAAUACUUCAUCAAGUUAAAUCAACACAUGAACAAGCACUUUAGUGAUUAUGUCUGCGACCUCUGUGGGAAGUCUUUUCUGAGCCAGGAUAGGCUACGCUGUCACGCACUGAGCCACGGCGCCGCUUUCCACUGCAGCGUAUGCCCUCAGACCUUCGACUCCCUGACGCAGAGGAAUAACCACGAAAUAGCAAUCCAUAAGAAAUACAAAUCCAUAAAAUGUUUCUUCUGUCCAGAGAGCUUCACGAAUUACACACUACGGAAGAAACAUCACGGGCUCAUACAUAACUUGGACGUUCCGCGCAUAUCUUGUCCGAUAUGCCACAAGUCGUUUCAAAUUCUAAGUAAAAUGAGGGUACAUUUGAAGGAGGUACAUUUGCGAGAAAAGAAUUAUGCGUGUACGGUGUGCGGGCAUAAGUUCUUCUCGCGUACGCAUGUGCAGAAGCAUAUGAUCAAGCAUUCCGGGGAAAGGGUGCAUGAGUGCAGCAUAUGCAAGAAGACUUACAUGCGGAAGCAGACGUUGAGGGAUCAUAUGCGGAUACAUGAUGAAAACAAGUACGUAGAAUUUUCUGAACUACGACCACACACAAAAGACCACGGGGAGUGUUCAACGCGCACCCACUCUCUGAAGUCGAUAAGGGGUGUUAGCAAUGUUGAAAUAAAGAUUGACGUGUCAGAAAUUAGUUGUCAACUCUGUCACGAAGUACUCCAAAACAUAAAUGAUCUGACGCACCAUUUGGUGAUCAAACACAAGGUAGACUAUGACAGAGAUAUAGAAAUGCCUUUCGAGGAGUAUCGGUUGAAAGACCUCGCGUGCUUGAUCUGCGAAGCCAAGUUCUCCUUCUUCGGCUAUCUGGUCUCCCACGUGAACAGCAAUCACCCCAAAAACAGCUUCUCUUGCGACACCUGCCAACAGAAGUUCAACAAAAAACGCGAUCUCUUCUCGCACACGAAGAACUACCAUCGCGAAGGCGGUUUCGUAUGUGAAUCUUGCGAUCAGACGUUCACCUCCCUAAAUAUAUUGAAUAAACACAAAAUUAACCGGCACAUAACGCGAUGUAACAUUUGCUUUUUGAAACUACCCUCGGCCGUGCUGAAGCGGAAACACAUGAAAACGGAGCAUCCGGACGACGGUACGUUGAAAUGCAAAUUGUGUUUCAAGCAGUUUCACACGGAUAUUGGACUCAAAAUGCAUUCCAGGAACUGUAGAAGCAUCGAUAUGGUAAUAGAUGAUAAUGACGUUGACGUCAUGGACUCCGAUAUCAAAUAUGACGCUCCUAAACGGACUAGUGUCAAACAGCUGCGCGAGAAUAUAGCUAUAGUCAUAACAAUGUCCACGGCUGUGCCGUUCAACUUCUUUCAGAACAAGUUCAACUGUUUCUUCUGUUCCAAAGAUUUUCAGGACCCUGACUCUCUUCGUGAGCACUCCAUCUUGACACAUCCCACAUGCGAUAUCAAGAGAAGCAUCCGAAAGUGUCGAGAAUCUGAGUCCUGUGUCAAAAUCGAUAUUUCCUCGCUCUCGUGUAAGCUUUGUUUUGAGUCCAUGAACAGUUUGGACGCUCUACUAGAUCAUCUCAUAUCCAAACACGAUGCUAACUAUGACAAGAAUAUUCAGACCUGCCUCCAGCCGUACAGAUUGAUAAAAGACCAGAUGCAGUGUCCCCUUUGUCCUCACGAAGUUUUCAGGUUUUUCGGCACCCUCCUAAAACACAUGAACACACAACACACGGACAAUAAGAACAUAUGCGUGCAUUGUGGCCAGUCGUUUCGGCGGGAACAGAAUUUGAGGGUGCAUCUGUGGCGGCGGCAUAGCGUCGGCAAAUUCAACUGCACGAUGUGCGGCAUAGACUGCGACAUUCCGUCCAGAUUGUUCAUGCAUAUGGCCAAGGAGCACGGGGUUAAGGCGGCGAAGUGCCCGAUCUGUCCAGAGGCAUUCCAAACGCAGUACUUGCGACAGAAACACUUGAUAGACGCGCAUAACUCCGGCCACAAGUGCUCAUACUGUGGGAAGUUGUUCACGAGGGAGUCCUUCAUGAAAGAUCACAUUCGCCGGACGCAUUUGAAGGAGAAGAAUGUCGAGUGCGGCAUAUGCAGCGCGAAGUUCUUCAAUAAUAUUCUGUUGAAGCGGCACAUGGUUAAGCAUAGUGGUGUGAAGAACUUCCAUUGUGAUGUGUGCGGGGAUAGAUUCUACUGGAAGAAGAGUUUGAGCACUCACAUGGCUAAGCAUAAGAGGAACGAUGAACUGCCACAUUAA